ACCUAUUCCCAACUUCCUCACCGUUCUUCAGGAAAUUAUUACAAUCAUAAGCGGAAUGCUGCAUUAUCUUUUCUGAAAACUCUUGCAUGCAUCCCCAGCAGCAGAUAAUGUAAGGAUGUGAAGAGUCCUGCAUCCAAUUCAAAAGUCAACAUUUGUAGCCUCUGUAACGUUUUCAGACUAUCACAAAACACAUUUCUGAAUGGACCUUUGUGCAUUAUUUACUAGGCUUCCCCAAAGAAUAUGACAAUGUAGUGCUGAUUGUUAAGGUGAAUAACUAGUGCUGAACCAUAGACAUAGUAGUUAAACAAAAUAGCAAAUUCUGUUUUGGGGCAUCUAUCAAAUAGUGCAAUAGUCUCUGCAACACAGUCAAUCUUAUUGUGGCAAUCUGCCUUUGGGUGUGGCGGGUUGUAAACAGGACAACGUGAUUAAAGUGCUCUGGUUCUUCUCGGGAUGAAGGGUGGCGGGGGAGAAGCCCCUAAUUACAUCCUUCAUGGAUUUCCAGUAAUGUCACAAUAAGUCUACCCAUUAAAAAUGUUCAUUGUGGGUGGAUGGACCUAAGCUACACCCUGUCCUAUGAACAACGCCCCAUGCAUUACAUGAUCAAUUAUAAUCUUGUCUGAAGGAGGCAAACAAUUGUUACCAAGCUGAACACACUCACUUAACAAAGUGUGUGUGUAUGUGUGUCGUUAUAAGUGUGUGUGGGUGUAUCUUCUGUUAAAUGGAGUUAGAGAAAGCAAACAGAUCACAACCACAGUUCAAUAUCACUGCACUAUAUCUGGUCAGUGUUGGACCGGUAAAAGCAGGUCUAUUCCGUUCUAUCCUACACAAUAUCAACAAAGAAAUGGAUGCACAAUUUAGACCAUAUAUUGUUAAAAAUCUGCCUAGCAACUGGGCCCUGAUGCCUCCAAAGAUGAGCUCAUUAGCUAAGUGGCUCCGGGCCAUGUCUCUGAUUUAUUAACCCUUUUGAAGAUAGCACUAUGUUUCUAUAGUUACCUCUCCUAUAAUGCUUUGACAGUUCAGGGCACAACUCAAAUACAGAAUAAGCAAACCCAUCCAAUGUGCAGCUUGCAACAGGUAAACCACAUGAGCAAAACCAAAUCGAAUCUGGCAUGAUUCAAAUUAUUUUAUUAUUAUUAAUUUUUUCCAUACGUUUUCUAUUUUCACUUUCAGUAUUUAUUUUAUCCUGUCGCCGGGAAGGCCUUCCCCUCGGCCCCGUAAAGGACUCUGUUUGCUUUGGGACAACCUGGGGAAACAGCAAGUGUUUGUUCAGCUGGAGUAGCAAUCAUUAACAAUGAAAGCAGUUCACUGCCUUUAAUUACAGCCACACUCACACGUACAACAACACUGAGGAGUGUUUAUACGAUAGAGAAUAUGUAACCUUUUUGUUUAAAGAUUACUUGUCGUCACCAAUCCGGUCACUGCAGUGAAAUGACUGCUGGUUUGGGAGUUUAUCAACAGCUGACAUAUGAUGAUUGUGGAAACAACAGAGGAGAAUGUACAGAAGCUGAAGCAGAGGUUCAUGUCGACUUACGAUGUCACGGCCGACGGAAAACUACAGAUCCAAGAGUUGGCGCUCAUGAUCCUGCCCGCAGACGAGAACUUCCUGCUGGUGUUCCGCAGGGAGGCUCCUCUGGAUAACAGCGUUGACUUCAUGAAGAUAUGGAGGAAAUAUGACGUUGACUGCAAUGGUUGCAUAUCAGCUCAGGAGCUAAAGGCUUUCCUUCGAGACCUUAUCCAGCAGCACCACAAGGAAGUGUCACCUAGCAAGCUGGAUGAGUACACUGAUGCCAUGAUGAAAGUAUUUGACAAAAACAAGGACGGUUGUUUGGAGCUGAAUGACAUGGCCAGGAUCCUGGCGAUGGAAGAUAACUUUUUGCUCCAAUUUCAACUGGAUGCCUCCAGUCAAGGAGAGAGGAAAAGAGACUUUGAGAAGAUCUUCACCCACUAUGAUGUCAACAAGACGGGGGAGCUGGAGGGGGUGGAGGUGGACGGCUUUGUGAAGGACAUGAUGGAGCUGGUCAGGCCCAGUAUCACAGCGAAAGAGCUGGACAAGCUGAAAGUAAUCCUGCUGGGCCACUGUGAUGUCAACAGGGAUGGAAAGAUCCAGAAGAACGAGCUGUCUCUCUGUCUGGGAGUGCGGCCCAGGCCUUAGGGCACACACCAUUGAAUGUGUCCCAAUAGACCUCUGAAGAAUAAGUCCCGUCUCCGCGGCUCCGGUUCCCUCGGUCAAAUGUCUAUGGGAAAUACCAUGGCGUUUUUGAAUUAUCGUAGGCCUACAUAACAAACUCUGUAGGUGGCGAAGAAGUAAAAGCUGCGUCACGUUCUGAACUACACACUUUUUCCAUCUAGUUUCGACUGGGUUUUUGAAUUGUCGUUGCCGUUAAAGCAGCAUUAAUCAUCGUUAACUACUUUAACGACAUCGACAAUCAGAAAUCCCAGUCGAAACUAGAUGGAAAAAGUGUGUAGGCCUAGUUCAAAACAAAUAUUGUUUGUAGAAAGAAUGUUGAAACUCACAAAUAAAUAAAUAACUCAAAAAUAGUAAAUGCCCUCUUCUUUAGAAGAGUGACGACAACAAAUGGCCUGUUCCCACCUACGGCAAAGACCUUGCGAAAAUGAGAAUGAAUGGAAAUCAGUGUAAAGAGGGAAACGCACUGUUCCUCAAGCCAAACCCGGCCAUGGAAAUUAGGAAAUCACUUCUACUUUAUCGCCCUCAUGCCUCAUCUGAAAAAGGGUUUUCCCUUCAUUAUUUUUGCUCAAUAUACAUGUUGAAUCAACGGUGUUUUCCCACUAUGACCACAGACAAUGUAUACUGUCUGUGUCCGUCAGCAUGUUGCGUGAACGGAUGUGUCGGUUGGUUUCGAUUUACCCACAUCAACCUCUCCAUUUGUUAAGAUUGGAAAUAAAAAUAUACUAAUUUAAG